CUGAAUUGUCUCACCUUUUUUUUCUUUGCAUUAACUUAUCAAGCAUUCACACCUAUCAAAUCCCCCACGAAUUCCACGUUUCCUUCACUACUUGCGCCCACCUCUCUCUUUCACCUUCUCACACACCACGUACCCCAACUGUUACAAUGAAAUCAACACUUUUGUUUCCUAUUACUUCCUCACAUGUCUGUCUCUCUACACACACACAUAUAUAUAUAUAUCUCCAUGGUAUUAUGUUUCAUAGUAUCUACAAACAAACCUUGUUGUACCAAAAAUGACGAAAAGUAGUCCUCAAGAUUGGCCUGAGCCAAUAGUCCGGGUUCAGUCCUUGUCCGAAAGGUGCACGGAUUCAAUCCCUGAUAGAUAUAUCAAGCCCAUCAGUGACCGUCCAUCUUCUGCUGUUCUCGAUGAUGAUGCCAACAUCCCAAUUAUCGACCUUGCAGGGCUUUGCGGUGACCCAGAAGCCCGAGCCUCCACGCUGAGCCAAAUCUCUGAGGCCUGUAAUGAGUGGGGUUUCUUCCAGAUCGUGAACCAUGGGGUCAGUCCUCAGUUGAUGGACAUGGCUAGGGAAACUUGGCGCCAGUUCUUUCACAUGCCUGUGGAGGUGAAACAGCAAUACGCAAACUCCCCAAAAACUUAUGAAGGGUACGGUAGCAGGCUUGGAAUUGAGAAAGGUGCCAUUCUUGAUUGGAGUGAUUACUAUUUUCUCCAUUACCUUCCCUUAUCGUUGAAGGACUGCAACAAAUGGCCCUCUCAGCCUCCCUCUUGCAGGGAAGUGUGCGAUGAGUAUGGAAGAGAGGUGGUGAAGCUAUGUGGGAGGUUGAUGAAGGUUCUGUCGAUAAACCUAGGAUUGGAAGAGGAUGUUCUUGAGAAAGGUUUCGGAGGAGAAGAUGUCGGAGCAUGCAUGAGGGUGAAUUAUUACCCAAAGUGUCCACGACCAGAAUUGACGUUGGGUUUGUCAUCUCACUCAGAUCCAGGGGGUAUGACCCUCUUACUUUCAGAUGACCAAGUCCCUGGUCUUCAAGUCCGAAAAGGCGACAAGUGGAUCACGGUGAAGCCUCUUCCCCAUGCUUUUAUUGUCAAUAUUGGUGACCAAAUUCAGGUUCUAAGCAAUGGAAACUACAAGAGUGUGGAGCACAGGGUGCUGGUGAAUUCAAACAAAGAGAGGGUUUCCCUUGCUUUUUUCUACAACCCUAAAAGUAACAUACCCAUAGAGCCAGUGAAGGAGUUGGUGAAGCCAGAUAAACCUGCACUGUACACUCCCAUGACCUUUGAUGAAUACAGACUCUUCAUCAGAUUGAGAGGACCAUGCGGAAAAUCUCAUGUUGAUUCGUUGAAAUCUCCAAGAUGAUAUAUCGUUAUCAAGAACAUUGCAUGGAUUGUACUAUUAAUCAUAUAUAUGUAUGUGCACCAAACAUAUUAUCUCUUCUUCAUAUAUCUUCAGAUAUGUAAAUCCUGUACCUAGACACCUACUUGUCUGAACAAUUUGCCUAAAAAGUUAAACCACAGAGGAUAAUUUGGAUAAUAUAUAGAUAUGGAAUUGAUGUAAGAAAAAAAAACAUGUUAAUGGCUGAAUUUGAGUGGUCCACAAAAUUUAUACUUGUGUAAGUGUAAGAGAUUUGUGUCCCCAUGAUGACAGGGAGAAGUGCACCAUAAUUUUGGGGGCAACAUUGUAUGCUGUAUCUACUGUAUUAAUUGUAUGAGGCAAAGUUGCUUGCCAAGCCUGUUUCAAAUUCAAUGCACUAAAUUAAUUAUUGAACUCCA